AUGGCUGCCUCUGCUAGCACAGUGCAACCCGACUGGGGCGACUACAUUGGCACCUCGUUCACCAUCCGCGAAAUGUUUUCGAUCCUGGAUAACCUGGGAGAAGGGGAUAAGUUGAACUACUGGGACGUGUCAUAUGGUAUGCUCUUGGGUAAUACGGCGGUGAAUAUGUUCCCGGACCGUGUGAAUCGCGUGAUAUUGGACGGCGUCCUCAACCCCCUCGAAUACUACUACACGCUCAAGGAAUCACAGCAGUACGCAGCCACGGACAAGGUAUGGCGCGAGUUCCUUCGCGCGUGCAUGAAGCAUCCCGACACCUGCGCGCUCGCGCCUCUCGCCAAAUCUCCUGAAGGCCUGGAGAAGAAGCUCAACGAUAUGCUCUCGAACCUCGCAGUGAACCCCCUUCCCGCGGGGCGCAACAUCAUCACCUACGCCUUCGUCAAGGCCAACAUCAUCAGCUCCCUCUACUACCCUACAAAAUCACGCACCGGCCUCUCCAACGUCAACGGCGGCAGCAUCCGGCGCCAGUCCAUGAUAGGCAUCCGCUGUGGUGACAAGAUUGUGCGCACCGACGACGUCGAACAGGGGCACCAGGCGCCGCAGCGCUCACUAGAGGUUUCGAAGGCAUUCGGCGAUGUCCCGACCACCAACAUCGCGGCGUGCGCGCAGUGGCCGUUUACGGCGAAAGAGCGGUACGAUGGCAACUUCACGGCCAAGACAAGCCAACCAGUUUUGAUCAUCGGGAAUACUUGGGAUCCGGUCACGCCGUUGGUGUCAGCGAAGAAUUAUAACGGAUAUGGCCACUUGUCCCUUUCGCAGCCACCAACCUGCACAUCGCAGCAUAUCGCGAGAUACUUCGUCAACGGUACGCUUCCGGAGCAUGGCACCAAGUGUGAGCCAGACAGGGGCCUUUUCGUGCCAAAACAGUGA